AUGCCUUCGAUAAGGUUGCAGGGUUCUGAUGGAGAGAUAUUUGAAGUUGAUGUAGAACUUGCCAAACAAUCUGUGACCAUCAAGGCCAUGCUGGAAGAUUUGGUAAUGGAUGAUGAGGGAGAUGACGAUCCUAUUCCCUUAACAAAUGUUAAUGUAGCAAUUCUAAAAAAGGUCACUCAGUGGUGCACCCAUCACAAGGAUGACCCUCCUCCUCCUGAGGAUGAUGAGAACAAAGAAAAGCAGACAGACGAUAUUACUGUUUGGGACCAAGAAUUCCUGAAAGUUGGCCAAAGAACACUUUUUGAACUUAUUCUGGCUGCAAACUACUUAGACAUCGAAGGUUUGCUUAAUGUCACAUGCAAGACUGUGGCCAGUAUGAUUAAGGAGAAAACUGAGGAGAUCCAUAAAACCUUCACCGUCGAAAGCGACUUUACUGAAGAGGAAGAGGCCCAGAUGCGCAAAGAGAAACUGGUGUGA